UAGUCGCACCGCGUAGUUCGAAGCAAGUGGAUUAAAUGGUGACGAAAGAUACAGUCCUCCGUCGCCGGCCGCCAAAUGAAGUAUUCAUUAUCCUGGACAAGCAAUUAGCACGUCGCCUGUGAGACGGGUCAAUUCGGCAGCACAAAAGGAUGCGCAUUGGCAUUGCUCAUACGACGUGUUGGCCGCCAGAAUCUGGCUUAAUCAAGAGGCCUUUUUGGGCAUGCGGAUCCUUUAACCGGAUCUCGGUGUCUGUGUCCUGUUUUCGGCUUUUCCGGUUCGAUGUGCCGUGUGUCCCGAGUGUACCGUGCGUUUCGAUUGUCUCUGAUUUCACGCAAAUGUAAUCCUCGACCGCUUGAUUUCGGUGCGUUUUUCGGUUUGUGUUUCGUGACUUGAGUAAAGGCAAAAGUUGAUUCAUCAGCCGCAGGAUACACGCAAACAAACAAACAAACAAAUAGAGCUGUACGAGUUCACACGGGCUUGAGUUUUAUGUGUGCGUCAGCAGAAAAUAAAAUAGUGAAAAUAUAAAGCACAAUACCACUGCAGCGACACAUCCUUGAAUCCUUCGUUCAUAUAUAUAGUAUAUGUGUAUAUAUAUAAACAUACAUAUAUGAAGCGAGCGAAACGAGCGCUCAGUCACGCAAAACGCCAGCGCACUUUGACCUCAUUUUGGGCAACGUUUUACGCUCCAGUGUGUGACCCUGCCACGCCCCCUUUCCUUCAAUCCUGCCGCCCCCUUCGACAUGUGUGUGCGCUCAGGAAGCAAAUUAAAUCAAUAAGUUGGCGUAUCAUCGCUUAAACAGGAUAAACUGCAGAUUGCAAUUUUUUUUAGCAACCUCUAUUAAAAUGGUUUUCAAGUGUUCGUUUGUGUUUGCUGUAUGUAAUUAAGCCAUUUUUGGCCAGUUUAUAAAAACGCACAAUCGCAAACGCAUUUAAUUUAAUAAAUGCGGAUAUAUAAAGUGCUGGAGCCGCAAUAAAUGUGAAUUGAAAUGGAAAUUUUUGAAAAUUUCACUCGUUUUUGAAUGAAUUAGCAAAUGUAAAUUAUAAAGAAUUGAAUGUAUCUGCGCUUUCUCCAUUAACAUGACCAUUUUAACUAAUGAAAAUAAUAAACUCGUUACCGGAAAUGCAUUUAAAUAAAUAUUAUUUAUAAAUACGCGACUGAAUGGCAAAGCAAGUGCAAGUUAAACGUAAAUGAUGCCAAUUAUUUUCGCCAAUGUAAAAAGGUCUUUGUUUUGUAAAUCAAUAAACGAAAUUUAAGCCCAUAAUGUGUGUCCCUGAAAGAUAUUAACAAUUAUAUACAAAUUGCAUUUAAAUGUAUUUAACGGAUCAACAUAAAAUCGUCAUGUAAAGAAAACUCAGCGAUUACAGUUCAAGUUUAUUGAAUGCGGGCAAAAUACAUGUGCAGUUCAACAGUAAAUAUAUUUUUAAAAAAAUAUUACCUAAUUAAAUUCUGUGCAAAUAUCAAAUCAACACAAAUAGAAACUUAAUAAAACGUUCAAAGAUUCAAUAAUAUUUGAACAAAAAAAUGAGUUAAAUCAAUGUUGGAUAUUUAAAACAAGUGUGUGGAAAAGUACACAAUUGUACUUCCAAUGCUACACAUAAAAAUACCUGAUAAUUUUACAGCAAUAAUUAAACAACCAUUUAAUCAAAAUAAAAAGUAUUUUGCUAUUUAUAAAGCAUAAAACAAACUUUAGCUAUUUCCAGCAAAUCAAAUAAAUAUUACAAAUAAACUAAGAUACCUACACUUUAUUCACGACCGCACAAUAAGGGUUUAAGGAUUUUCAAGUUGGCCAACACCAAUCAAUAAAGUUGGCCAAUUGCUAUGGGCCAUUUAUGACAUGCCGGUGUGCUCCCAAGGAAAAAUAGGCCAUUGCCCAUUCUCCGUCCACAAAAUGGCUUUCCCUUAUAUCCUGGCACUGCUGCCCCUCAUUUGCUCCGCCUCAGGGCUCAGUCUUCCGAAUAUGACCUCAACGGAUGCAGUGGUUGCCGGUGGAGGCAUUUUGCCAAUCCUCAUUGCAGGAAAUCCCGGCAAUCUGGGGAGCAGCAACAUGAGUCUGGCAGGCGGCGUAGGAUUGGCUGGCAGCAGUCCCGGCGGACAAUCGGUACCGGAUUCCGGAGGAGGCAACUCUGCGGGCGGCUCGCCGACGGGUGGCAGCAGCGGCACCGGCGGCGGUGGCAGCAACAGCGGCAUUAGUGGCAACAACUCGGCCAUGAUCCAAGGGCAAAAGAGCAGCCAGUACGAGAAGUGUGCGGGUCCUGGAGAUCCGGGUCCCUGCAAGCAGUACAUUUACAAGUGGCGCUACGAGCCAACCACCAACGAGUGCACCAACUUCAUUUGGGGCGGUUGUGAAGGAAAUCCGCAGAACCGCUUCGGCACCGAGGCGGAGUGCCUGUUCCACUGCAUCGGCGGGCCACACACUCUACCACCGUUCCUGCAAUCCACCACCCGUGAGCCGAGCACCACGGAAAGUUCCAUGCUCCUCGGCUUGCCGUACACCCAGAGUCCGGUUCAGUCGCCGGACGGAAUGGGCGGGGCAGAGGGCGGUGAUGGCACCACGCCCGUGCCCAUCGAACAGCGCGGCCCCGAGCUGACUUUCGCGGAGACGGGCCAAGGCAAAACUUUCAUUUUCGCCAAGAACAACACGUUCAUCCAAAUGGACGGCGACAUCAUACAGACAUUUCAAUUAAGACUUUGCCGUGAGAUUUCAUUUCAAUUCCGCACCAGACUGCCGCACGGCCUGCUCGUCUAUCACAACGUUAAGAAUCCGGAUCGCAUUAUUUUGGACCCCUAUGCACUCUACGUGAUUGUGGAGAAGGGCCAGCUGAAGGUGGUCCAUGUCUUUGGCAAGCAUUCAACGAGUGUCACUGUGGGCGAGAGUCUAAAUCGAGAUGAAUGGCACAGUGUGAUGGUGCGCAUCGAUGUCCAUGGCGCAAGAUUAAUUGCACGCGUCGACAAUAGUCAGGAGGAGGUCUAUCUGAAAGGACUGAAUCACGAGUACAACUACGGCGUCUCCACGAAUCUGCCAUCGGUGGUCCUGGUCGGAGGCCUUUCCUCGGAGGAGAAGCUGCACGGCGUGAAAUACAUUACUGAGUCCUUUGUGGGCUGCAUCCGCAAUGUGGUCCUGAGCUCCGGCAAGGCCGCCUCCGACCUGCUGCCCAUCGCCCCCCUGGUGGCCACCAAGCACGAGAACGUCAACGAGGGAUGCUCGGACAUGUGCGAAUCCCGGCACAACCUCUGCUUCGUGGGAUCUCGCUGCAUCAACCACUACGGAGGAAUCUCCUGCGACUGCUUUGGCACCCACUACGAGGGCGAGCACUGCGACAUAUACACGGCUACCAUAAUCACAUUACGUGGUGCCAGCUACGUAUCCUACAGGAUAUACGACUGGAAGGAUCGAGUGCACUCCUCCACCAGGCGCAUAAGUCUGAUGUUCCGUACGAACUUCGACGAUUCUGCACUAUUCUACGCCAGUGGUGAAUCACUGAAGCAUCAGUAUAUAGCGGCAUCCAUUAAGAAUCAGUCGGUACACGUGGAAAUGGACUUUGGUGACAAUGUGAUGAGUACCGUGCUCACCGACGACUUGACCCGCGGCUAUUGGCACAAUUUGACGAUACUGCAUGAACAGCGAACGGUCAGCAUUAUCCUGGAUCAACAGCAAAAGGUCCUGGAACUGCCGGCCACGGCCAGUGGGAAUAUGCUCUUCGAUCCGGAGAUAUAUUUCGGCGGUGGACCGGAGUUGCACAAGAAGAAGGGCCUGGCCUCCCACAACAAUUUUGUGGGCAGCCUGAAGUAUGUCUACUACAAUGACAUCUCCAUUCUGUACGAACUGCAACGGGGAAAUCCCAAGGUGCAUUACGUACCCAAUGUACAAUCUCGUUUCUGUGGGUCAGGCGUGCUGGAGGCGGAGUUUGUUGAGAACGAAGUGAAUGUCAUACCCAUCACCUAUCCCUUUGCGACAUCACACAUUUGGUGGCCCAUAAAUCACGCCGAGGAAUUUAAUAUUAAAUUCGAUUUCCGCAGCAGUCGGCCGGGCGCGGUGCUGGCCUACAGUGACGUAACGACCAGUGCCGGAAAUGGCUUUUGGGAGAUACGUCUGACGUCGGACAAACUAAGUUUCGAUCUGGUGCCCGAUGUCAACAACAACAUAACCCACUCGACCACCAUUAAAAUCAAUAGGGCCACCUCCUGGCACAGCGUGGAGCUGGACUAUAAGCUCGGCGAGAUUCGCUUCACGGUUGACUAUCGCCACACUCUCAGCCAGAUGUACGGCUUAACCUUUAACAUCGGCGACAAGCUGAUCAUUGGCAGUAGUUUAAAGUCGGCAGCCAUGGGCCUGGUAGGCUGUAUAAGGGAUAUAGAAAUCAAUGGACAUUUAAUCGAACCACGACAUGUGGUCAAAACGGAACGAGUUGUUGGAGAGGUUGCCCUGGACAACUGCAACUACAUAGAUCCCUGCAAGAGACCCAAUACCUGUGAGCAUGGGGGCAAGUGCUUUGUAAAAGACGAUCGAGUCACCUGUGAUUGCAAACACACUGGUUAUAUAGGCAAGAAUUGUCACUUUACCAAAUACAGAAAGACCUGCGAGGAGCUGGCACUCUUGGGUUUCACCAAAUCGGAUGUCUAUCUCAUCGAUAUCGAUGGCAAUGGUGUUUUUCCCCCGGCCCAUGUCAAAUGUGACUUUCAGAGCCUGGAGAAUGCCACCAAAACGAUUGUGGAGCACAAUCUGCCCAGUCAAGUGGAUGUGCGAUCCGCCAGGGAAUCGGACUUCAGCUUCAACAUCAGAUAUAGGGAAUUUUCACCGCACAUGCUGCAGGAACUCAUCUCACAUUCACUGUAUUGCACUCAGUACAUCAAGUACGACUGCUACCGGGCACAGUUGGAACUGCACUCGGCCACCUGGUUCACAUCCUCGGCCAAGAAUCUCACCGUCGACUUCCUGGGCAAUGUCAAGAGAGGCGCCUGCCCGUGCUCCGUUAACAAGACGUGCGUGGACCCGAAUCAAUCAUGCAACUGCGAUGUGAAGGAGAACAAAUGGAAUUCGGAUGAGGGCUACUACCAGGAUCCGCAGAGCCUGGGCAUUACCAACAUGUACUUCCUGCAGCAGAAGGAUAUGGAUGACGAGGCCCAGGGUCGCAUUACUCUGGGUCCCCUGGAGUGCGUGGAAACAAAUACACAGAAGUACGUGGUCACCUUCACCACAUCGCAGUCGUACAUCGAGGUGCCUGGUUGGAGGAAGGGCGAUAUCGCCUUCUCGUUCCGCACCACCGGCGAGAAGGCCAUCCUGCUGUUCCAGCCACCCAUACGGCCGCACUAUCCAUCGUUCAUGGUGGCACUGACCGGCGAUGACCAGCUCACGUUCACCUUCACCCUGAGCACGGGCACCACCCGCGAGCUGGUCAUUAACUCGCACCGCCGGCUGAACGGCGGCGAGUGGCAUAAAAUAUGGAUCGACUACAACCAGUAUCAUGUGCGCUUCAUGAUAAACACCGAUUACCAGAUGCUCGAUUUGCUGCCCGAGGAGGAGUUCGGCCCGUUUGAGGGCAGCAUGUACAUCGGUGGCGCCACAUUCGACCUGCUGAAGAAGCUGUCAGUUAAGGCCGGCCUUAUUGGCUGCUUCCGUGGGUUGGUGGUCAACGGCGAGAUUCUCGACAUCUACAGCUACAUGUCGGUGCAUCUGUCGGAGAUUAUCAAGGACUGCAAGCCAUCCUGCGUCCCAUCGCCCUGUCGCAAUGGCGCCCAGUGCAAGGAGCUGUGGAGCAGCUUUAAGUGCGUUUGCAACAAUCCUUGGGCACAUAUCGGCGAAUUCUGCGAGACAAACAUCAACGAAAAGGCUCUUACUUUUAUCAACCGGGAAUCCUUCCUGAUGCGAAAUUAUCUGAGUGUGGGUGCCACACCCGUUAUCCUAAUGCACGGUAUAAAUGGCGAACGGGAUGUCCUGAAGGGAAUCCUUAACCAAGAUCUACUGAUCAAUCUACGAACCUACGACACGAAUGCACUGGUGCUUUAUGCCAACGAUCAUUAUAACAACUUUGUGCACCUGUACAUUAGUCUCAACAGGGAGAUUGUUUUCCUUUACAAUUACGGCGAUGAAAUUGUGAAUCUCACGCUGUUGGAUGACACCUUAAUGGCGUCCUUAAAAAGCAUUCAAGUGGCCAUCGUGCGCGGAGAACAGGAAACCAGGAUGCAUGUGAACGAGCGCAGUGUGAGCAUCGAUAGAGGAACUCUGCUGCUAGAUGAGUACGCCAACAAGCCGUGGAGUAAUCCAGAAAAAGAGGUUCUGUCGCCCCACCGCCCCCCAGCCCCGCCCACCGAUUACUUCCAGUUCCACGUGGGCGGCUACGAUCCGGCGAAUUUGUUGCGGCCCAAUGUGGAUGCACCGGCCCUCGAAGGCUACAUCGGUUGUGUGCGGGGCCUGAAAAUCGGAACGCAGUUGAUCGACUUGGCGGAUAUCAAUGAAAGGAAUAUAGCGCCCACCCAGGAAGGUGUCCUGCCCAACUGCCAGAUCAAGUGUGAUGCAGAGCCCUGCAAGAAUGGCGGCACCUGCCAGGAGCACUUUGCCGAGCAGCUCUCCACCUGCGAUUGUGAGCACACCAGUUUUCUGGGCGAAUUCUGUUCGGAGGAGAAGGGUGCCGAUUUCAGUGGCGAAUCGACGUUGCAGCGCAAAUUUGAACUGCUGCCAGGCACAGGUCGCGUUGACUAUGUGCGCCUGCAACUUGCCUUCUCCUCCUUCGACCUGAGGCGGGCCAAUCGCAUAAUGCUGCUAAUGCAAACGGAGGCCGAGCGCAGCUACUACCUUCUGUUGGCCAUCACCUCCGACGGCUACCUGCAGCUGGAGGAGGACCGUGAUAAUGGACAAACGGUGGGCGCGCGUAUCGAUCGGAAUUUCCUAAACAGUGCCAGGCAUUCGGUAUAUUACGUGAGGAAUGGCACACAAUCGCAGCUCUUCAUUGAUCGCGAGCAGGUGCCGCUGACCGAGUUUGCUGCACGUGUCCUUACCACCGGUGGCGAUGCUGGCUCGAAUCGCGUCCAGAUCGGUGGCAUCAACAGCACGGACUCGCGGUUCGCCGUCUUUAAGAGCUACAGCGGUUGCCUGUCGAACAUCUAUAUACAGGUGAACGGGCAUAUUAUGAAGCCACUCGAGGAGUACAUGCUAUUCACAAAGUCCGGUGCCGACAACAUAACCGUCAUCAAUCCGCAGGGCGUGCGGAGCGCCCAGUGCAACGCCAAGUUCGAUGUGAGCGAGCAGCCCACCCAGGAGCCCAUGGUUAAUGUCAGCAUGAUUCCCGAGCCGUGGGUGGAGGAGCCGCCAGCCCGUGUUCCCUACAUACCGAGAUUCGUGUACGAUGAGAACAAGCAGGAGGACUCCACGCAGGUCGUCUUCCUCACACUGACCAGUGUCUUUGUGAUUAUCGUGAUCUGUUGCCUGCUGGAGGUGUAUCGCAGCCACUUGGCCUACAAGAAGCGCAUCGAGCGCGAGACGGACGAGGACAUCAUCUGGUCCAAGGAGCAGGCAACCAAGAUGCACGAGUCGCCAGGUGUUAAGGCCGGCCUCUUGGGUGGCGUCACUGCCGGUUCAGGCAAUGGCCUGCCUCCAUAUACCUACAAGGCGUUGCCGCAGGAGGACAAGAAGCCGGGCAACGGCGCCCCCUUGGUGGGCAUUUUGAAAAACGGCAGUGCCACGCCCUCGCAGCCCGGCACGCCCACCGCGCUGUCCAAAAACGGAGACAUCGCCUCGCGCAUCGAAGAGGAGGAAGAGGAGGAGGAGGAGGCGCCCGUGCAGAAUGCUACAGAAAAAAGCGGCGAGAAUGAGGAGCCUCCGAAGGACACAGCCUCUGGUGAAAUGAAGGAGUCGCAGGCUCAGUCACCUGAACAGCCGACGAAGGACACCACCGAUGCCGCUGCCACACCAAGUGCAUCCAAGGAGCUGGAGCCGCAGGCGGAGUCUUCGGAGCCAUCAUCUCAUUUAAGCUCGGCACCGAACGGACAGUUGCCACAAAUGGAGCCGGUGGCUGGAGGGGAUGAUGGGCAGGUGCAGGUGCAGGUGCCAAGUCUACCGCAGCAACAUGAAAUGCAAAAGCAGCUGCCGCCGCAACGACAACUGUCUCAAAAAGGAGUUGGACCUCAGCAGCAGUCGAGUUCCAAGCGGCGAAAGCCAGGAGGAAGUGGUGGAGCCGGAGGAGCUGGCGGAGGAACCUCUGUAGUUGGACCGGCAACAGUGCGGCGACAAGUUUCUUGGGGGCCGCCAAUCGUGGCCGAAACGGAUGUGGAUUUGGCCAACAGCAGCGGCAACAGCAACGGCAAUGGAAGUCGAAAAGCGGGCGGCAAACAAAAUGGAUACCAUGGCGUCAAUAGACGGGCCACCACCACCAGGAAUUGAAGCUGGAAAACUGUCCAGCAAUGCAAAAAUGUAUCCCGAAAAUAUGUAUAAAAGCAUAAAUAUUUAGGCGAAUUGAUGGCAAGAAAACAAAACAGGGCCAAAACCAACAAGGCACAAAGGCAGCAGGAGAGAGCCAGAGCCAGAAAAACAAAAGCAAUUUGUAUAAAUAAAAGCGAGUCAAAAGUGCGACAGAGACAAAGGCAAAACAAAUAACAUAAAUUGAAAAGAGCCAAGUCCUUGGAUUGCUGUGUAUAAAGAAAACUGUCUGCCCAUCGACUUGAAUAUUCCUCAAAAAAUACAGAAUGGCAAAAACUUCUUUGCAUCAAAUGUUGCCGCAUCUUGAUUCAAAGCUGGCAAAGAAUUUAAGACUUUCACUUAAAUACAUUUGGGCAACGACAAAAGGAUUUCAUUCUACAUAAAACCAAAAUAGCACUAGUGAGAUAUAUGCUGCAUUCCAUCUAAGAGUUCCCAGUUCCAAGCAAAGGACAUUAAAAAACAUAAAAUAAAAGUAAGGCACGCUUUGGAAUUUUUUAUAAUUGUUAAGAUGUUUAUUUGCUUAGGAGUAACGAUGUAAUUUUGUGUAGUUAAAAUAAAGCGCACACUUAGCAAUAACCACUUCAAACUCAUAAGCUUACAUGUAAAUUGAUACCUUUUAGAGUUAAGCAGAAAAUUGCCUUUGUUGCAACGGCAAAGUUGCCUCCAUUAUGUUUUAAGAAGUGCACAACUUAUAGUUUUGGUUUUUUUUGUAAAUUCCAUUCUGUACUGUGUGAUAUACGAAUGUAAUAAAAGUUCUUCUCGGCCAGGAAAUGAGAACACAA